CGCAGCGUGCAACAGUAGCAGCGCCUCUCUCCCCAUGAAGUCCCGGGCCACCAGUCCCUCUAGACUCCUGGUGGGGUUCCCAGCCCGGGAUGACGCCGUAGGGCCCGAGCGCGCCCCGCGAAGCCGCAGUCGCUACCUCUCCUCCAGGAACACGGCUGCAGAUCCUUUUGAGACAUCGAGGCCUUUGACUGAGAGCAGCUCCUCUCUCCCUUCGGAGGGCCGCCCCUGGCCUUCCAGCACCCAGACAGAAGAUGGACAGUCUGUGGUUGCCAAGUACAUGGCACGGUUCCGCCAGGCUCAGCCCACCAGCCGCCUGGAGCGCCAGCUGUCUGGGCCCGGACCUGCUGGCUUCUGGUGGCUGCAGCCUGCAACCUCUUCGGGGGGCCCCGGCCCCCACCGCCACCAUUCUACAGGCUCCGUUCUCCCCGCCGAAGCCGAGCUCAGGGUGGGCGCUGGGGCCCCAGGAGCAGCGGGAGUGGAAGCGGAGAUCUCGGUGCUGAGGACCCCAGAGUCCCAGCACCGGGCCCCGUCUCCGUUGGACCUGGACACACUGAGCCUGCAGCACCGGGCGGACCAGCUGCUCUUCAGAAGCGGUGUUUCUGGUGGCAGUUCCAGCAGCAGCAGUGCUCCCGUGAGCUGGGAGGGACCCAUCUCUCCAAUCACACCCUCCCCCUCCAUUCCUAGCCCCUGCUGGCCGGAACCAGGUCAGGGCCUGCGAGCCCCGCCCCGGACCACCACAAUCCCCCCCGAGAAUGACAUCCUGUACCAGUGGCGCCUGCGCCGGAGGAUGGAGCGGGCUCAUGACCAGGUGGCAGCAGAGGAGCUGCUGGAGGCAGCCGCUCGACUCUUGGACUCUGCGAAUGACUCAGACGGCAGUGAGUUCCAGGAGGAUGAAUUGCUGCAGGUGCUGCGGGCCCGGCGGGGUCAGCUGAGGCAGUGUCUGAGGCAGGUGGAGAAGCUCCUGUCCCGGUUUCUGACCGAGGAGCCCCAGUCCAGGCCCCCCACGAGAGACGACCCCCCUUCCUCCCCCUGCACCACCCCGUUCCAACUGCAGUCGCAGAGGAAGGGGCGACAGGGCCCCGGCAGAGCCCACAACGCAAACGGAACCCCCUGAGAAAUAAAUUCUAUUUUCAAUGA